UUACUUUGAAAAUACAAACACGGAAGUUGCAUCUAUUUUUUGCGUUCACACCCGAGCCGUCUUCAUCUCUCAUUGGGUAGCGGUGAAAUUUGAAAUGCAACCCGCUCAGUGUGGCUGUAGCUGCCGAAGGAUGUGGACAAAGGUUCGAAAAGCUAACAGCUAAAAAAAAGGAAACGGAAAAAGAGCAGUGUGGUGGCUAAAUAUCACCGAAAGGCUUUUUUGUACAACGCCUCUCCAGAGGGCCUUAAAUUGUAAGACACCAUGGAGACUGCGGUGCUGAACCUCCAGAGCUUAUAUGAAAGGAUGAGGACGCAAGUUGACCUUCUCAGUGAGAACAUUGAACCCAACUUUAUUCAGAUGGCACAAAACUUUGAUGACUGCCGUCGCAAAUGGCUAAAGACUGAGCAUGAACUGGGGUCAUGCAAAGAGAUGCUGAGAAAAACGGAGACUGAGAGGGGAGCCUUGGAGGUCAAACUGAAGCAUGCCCGCAACCAGGUAGACGUGGAGAUACGGCGCAGACAAAAGGCUGAGGCAGACUGUGAGACACUGGACCGUCAAAUUCAGUUGAUCCGGGACCUCUUGACCUGUGAGGGAUCCAGUAACAGCAUCCAGUUGAGUGCAGAACAGCGCUCAGCUCUGGCUUUCCUGAACACAAACUGUCAGGCAACAACCAACCUUAAUACCAGCCGAAGACUGAUGACGAUAGAUGAAUCAGGCUCCAUCUUGUCAGAUAUCAGCUAUGACAAAACAGAUGACUCUCUUGAUUGGGAUUCCUCCACUGUGAGGACAGUGCGACUCAAGAAACGAGAAAAAAGGCGCCCCUCGAGAAAUCAUGUUGAUGGUCCUCCAGUUGCCUCUAAAAGGUCUCGAUCAACAGGAAAAACUUCAGAGAUGGGAAAUGAGGCCAUUGUGACAAAGACCACAGUGACUGUUCCUGCAAAUGGAGGAUCUGUUGAGGCGGUUUCUACCAUUGAGACUGUUCCAUACUGGACCCGCAGCAGGAGAAAGACUGCUGCUAUGGAAUGGGACUCUGAAUCUGUCAAGUCUGAGGAUGUCUUCAAGCAGCCUGCCAACCCUGAGCUAGAGAUGAAAGCUGCGCCUAGUACUCCACAAAGCAAUGGAGGCGUCCGCCUUCAUGAGUUCGUCUCCAAAACUGUCAUUAAGCCUGAAUCCUGUGUGCCCUGCGGAAAGAGGAUCAAGUUUGGCAAGAUUUCACUGAAGUGCAGGGACUGCAGGGUGGUCUCGCACCCCGAGUGUCGUGAGCGCUGCCCUCUACCAUGCAUCCCCAACCUGGGUGGCACACCAGUCAAAAUUGGGGAGGGUGUUCUCGCAGACUACGUCCCAGACACAUCACCCAUGAUCCCUCCCAUUGUGGUCCACUGUAUCAGUGAGAUCGAGCAAAGGGGACUGCAUGAAGCUGGACUGUACCGUCUUUCUGGUGCUGAGCGCACUGUGAAGGAGCUGAAGGAAAAGUUUCUCCGUAGCAAAACUGUUCCUGUGCUCAGUAAGGUGGAUGAUAUCCAUGCCGUCACUGGCCUCCUCAAGGACUUUUUGAGGAACCUUAAGGAGCCUCUUCUCACCUUCCGCCUCAACCGUUCCUUCAUGGACGCAGCUGAGAUUUCAGAUGACGACAACAGCAUAGCUCUGAUGUACCAAACCAUUGGUGACCUGCCACAGCCCAACAGAGACACGCUGGCUUUCGUAAUCCUUCACCUUCAGAGAGUUGCUGACAGUUUGGACACCAAGAUGGACAUCAGGAACCUGUCCCGAGUUUUUGGUCCAACAAUUGUGGGACACGCAGUUCCCAAUCCUGACCCUAUGACAAUCCUACAGGAUACCAAACGACAGCCUAAGGUUGUGGAGCGUCUGUUGGCUCUGCCGGUGGUUUUCUGGGCCCAGUUUGUGAUGGCAGCAGAACACGAGCAGCCGAACUUGGAGCAUUUGAUCAUUGAAAAUGCAAACUGCUACGCCACCCCUGAGAGAGCUGGAGUGAGCAUACUGGGACCUCUGACCACUCCGGAGUACCAGCUCAAUAAAACCCCCUCCUCCAGCUCUCUGUCUCAGCGCAUGAAGUCCUCUCUGACACCCAGAUUUGGGUCAAAGAGCAAAUCAGCAGUGGGAUUU